AUGAGUACUGCCCUCGCUGGAUUUUGCAUGUUAGGCUUUUUAUCAGCCUGCCAGUCUCUUUACUAUACGAUCCCAUCGGAGGUCCUUCAACGGCGUCAUCGAGCACUCGGCCAGGCUGUCGUCAACAUAUCGAGUGGCCUCGGCGGAGUCACCGGCAUUCUAGUCGGCGGGGCCCUUCUGCGAAACGGGAAUGCUGAGAACUACCGGUAUUACUGGUAUAUGUGCAUCGCGAUCGGUGCCUUGGGCCUUGCUGGUGCAUACUUCGGCUAUAAUCCACCACUGCGAGAGCUUCAAUCAUCUUUAACUUUACCACAGAAGCUUCAGCGAAUCGACUGGAUUGGUACAGCUCUUUUUAGCAGUGGGCUCACCCUCUUUUGUAUUGCUUUACAAUGGUCAUAUAACCCGUAUAGCUGGACUAAUUCACAUGUCCUCGCGCCAUUCGUUAGCGGCCUCGUUCUGAUCGCCUGUUUUAUUGUUUACGAAUGGCUCAUCAAGAAGGAUGGCAUUUUCGACCAUCGACUUUUCACAGACUGGAACUUCACGAUUGCCAUCCUCGCAGUCUUCGUUGAAGGAUUGGCCUUCUUUGCCGUCAACUCUUAUUUCGUGGCCGAGGUCUCUAUGGUCAAUCGAACCGACUUUUUCGAUAGCGCUACACGUUUUGUGCUUUUUUUCGUCACCUCCGCGAUCCUUGCACCUAUCGCAGCCUACUACACCACUGUGACGAAACAAGCCCGUGAGCCUCUAGUGGCCGGUUUUAUCUGCCUAGCGCUGGCCACGUCCCUUUUGGCAGGUACCAUCAAGUCAGAUUCCAGCCCAAGCCUAUUCUGGGGCUAUAUUGUCCUUGCUGGCGCUGGUAUGGGCGCUAUUCUGACGAACUUACCCGUGGUGGCUCAGAUGGCCACCCCAGCUGAAAUGAUUUCCGUUACCACUGGUAUUCUGAUGUCUUCAAGAAGUCUUGGGGGUGUUGUCGGACUUGCCAUUAAUAACGCCCUCCUAAACGCCGCACUUGUAAAAAACCUGUCACGUAAAGUGGCAGCUGCAGUUAUGCCACUAGGUUUUCCUGCGACGGGUUUGGCUCAGCUUAUUCCUGCUUUGGAAUCUGGAAACCAGCAAGUCAUCGCGCAAGUGGCUGGUGUUACACCCGAGAUUGCGGCGGCUGGAGGCCUCGCGGUGCUAGAUUCCUAUGUCCUGGCUUUCCGACAUGCCUGGAUUGCAGCAGCUUCUUUUAGCGGUUUAGGAGUUAUUGUGGUCCUAUUCCUGCGCAAUCCAAAGAGUGCAUUUAACAAGCACAUCGACGCACCGGCAGAAGAGGAGCUUAUCAUUUUGCAAGAGGAGAUUGAAGGCAGACUACACGAAGAAAUUGUCAGCAACGAGAAGAAAGCAUAA